AUGGUUAAUUUAAAAUGUUCUAAAAAAUUUCCUAAGAAAUAUGUACACGAGACUUCCAUUGAUACCGAAGGAUAUCCUGUCUACCGUCAUCGUCCUACAGGAAACACAGUCGAAAAAAAUCAAGUCACUUUUCAUAACAGGUUUGUAGUCCCUUACAAUGCUCUUCUACUCAAGAGGUACCAAUGCCAUAUAAAUGUUGAGUGGUGUAACCAAACGGGCUCUAUCAAAUAUCUGUUCAAAUAUAUUAAUAAAGGUCCGGAUAGAGUAACUGCUUCUGUUUUCCAAGUCAAUAAAACAAAUGAAGUUGAACCGAUUACUGACAUUCAGUCAAAGAAAACAGAAGUAGAUGAAGUAAAAGAAUAUCUCGAUUGUAGGUAUAUUUAUGCCUGUGAAGCUGCUUGGAGAAUACUCAAGUUUGAUAUACAUUAUCGAUAUCCAGCAGUUGAAGUAUUAUCUUUUCAUUGUGAAGAUGGUCAAAGUAUUGUUUAUGACGAUGAUUCAAAUCUCUAUGAUGUGGUUAGUAACCCCACUGUCAAAAUGUCAAUGUUCAUGGAGUGGAUGAAGUGUAACGAAGUUGAUGAAUUUGCUAGAACAUUGAAGUACAUAGAUUUUCCAAGAUAUUAUGUAUGGAUACGACCAAGUUUUGAUGAUAUCAAAACCGUUGAUGGCCAACUUUAUGAUACAUUUAAAGAUGCAUGUUUCGCACGUGGUUUGUUGGAUGACGAUAAGGAGUAUAUAAUUGCAAUGAGAGAAGCAAGCACAUGGUCGACUUCCAAUUUUUUGCGGACACUUUUUGUAACGUUACUGUUGUCCAACUCCAUUUCUAGGCCUGGAUAUUUUUGGACAGAAACAAAAAGUCUAUUAUGUGAAGACAUUUUAUACCAGCAACGAAAGAUUACUGGUAUUCCAGAUUUGGAUAUUCAAGAGAAAGAAGUCGAAAACAUUUGCUUAUCACAUAUCCAAAAGUUGCUACUUUCUUAUGGUAGUACAUUAAGUAACUUUGGUGAUAUGCCAAAUGUUCCUGACAAUUACAUUUCUGUAUUGAAGAAUCGACUGAUAAUGAAAGAACUUUGCUAUGAUCGGGCAACUUUAGAAAAGGAACUUGCUUCUUAUUUAAAGUCUUUAACUGUUGAACAGAAAAAUGUUUAUGAGACCGUUAUGAAUGCACUUGCAAAAGGUGUUGGAGUGGCGUUACGAUCGAAAGGAGAAGUGGUUUUAAAUGUUGCAUCCAGUGGGAUUGCAUCGCUUCUUUUAGACGGUGGUAGAACGGCCCAUUCAAGGUUUGUAAUCCCAAUAAAUAUUAACAAAGAUUCUAUAUGUUCCAUAGAACUGAAUAGUGAGUUAGGCGGCUUAAUAAAAGAAACGAAGAUGAUAAUCUGGGAUGAAGCUCCAAUGACACACAAGCAUUGUUUUGAAGCCCUUGAUCGGACAAUGAGAGAUAUCGUCCGUUCAAGUAAUCCGAGGAUGCAAAAAAAGCCAUUUGGAGGAAAGGUUGUUCUGUUGGGCGGCGAUUUUAGGCAAAUACUUCCAGUCAUUCCAAAGGGUACUAGAAGCAUGAUUGUAAAUUCUUCAUUGAAUUCGUCUUAUCUAUGGCAAUAUUGUAAGGUACUAAAACUAACUGAAAACAUGAGGCUAAAAGUGGGUACCAAACCAAGUAAUUUACAAGAAACCAAGGAUUUUGCUGAAUGGAUAUUAAAACUCGGUGAUGGUAUGCUUGGUGAUCAAAAUGAUGGAGAGGCAUAA